AUGGAGGGAAGCAGAUCAGAAACUUCUGCAGCCGAAGCGAGUGAGGAAAUAAUUUAUACUUCUGUCAAAUUCUCUCAGACUCCGCCACCAAGGGCCAAAGCUGGACAGGAAAGGAGAGCUCCCUGUCUGUGGCCAGCAGUUGUGCCGGGCUUGGCUAUAGGCUUUGGGAUACUGAGCAUCUCCCUAGCGAUUGCUUUGAUUUGGAAGAUGAGUGACUCCCACCCACGCUGCCCUGAGCAGUGGGUAGCCUACAGAGGGAGCUGCUACUCCUUCUCCAGGGAGAAGAAGGACUGGCAUUCCAGCCAGCAAUCGUGCUGGGCACAGGGAGCUCAUCUCCUGGUGAUCAGUGAUUCCAGCGAAAUGGACCUGUUCAAGAGUAUUCAAACAGGAUGUUUCUGGAUUGGACUGAGGAACAGCACAGGCUCUGGCUGGAUUUGGGAAGAUGGCUCUAUAUUCAAUGGCACCAAGAUCCUCUCUAACAGCCCUGUGCAACACUGUGUUGUCCUGAUGAAAGAUCACUUUUGGGCCUCCAGCUGUGAAUUUUCUGCUCCAUGGAUAUGUGAGAAAUCUCUUAGAUAA